UCGAAGUUGGUUCACCUCGCGGGCUUACCGUUUAAUAUAUUAUAAACAUAUCUUCGGCAUGUUUGCAAUCGCGUCAUCGAACUGUCAUCAAAAAGUUCAGCGAAAAACGUAAUAUUCCGUUUUCCCAGGGAGGCUAAACUUCCGAGGAACUUUUUCUCGUUGAGAAAGAGCAUGCCACGAAGUUGAGGCCCCGCAUUCGAAAAAAGCGCGAGUAUACCAGGAGAGUGCGUCGUUAAAAGUUUCGAUAGAAAAAAAAAACAUGACAACAGUAAUAAAGAAAGAAAAUAAUGGUAACGAUAGUACAAAAAUGUGUGUAUUAUGAGGAGCCUGAUGCAAUAACAAAAAAAACGACAACUGAAGCUGCGGUGAAUCGAGCGGUGAAGGCUGUACUUCCGGUAUAUCGGAAGCAAGCCUGAGAUCGUGCUGGUAUUAAUCCUUGAGAAAAUAUCGAAAAAAUCGUACAACUGGAGGAGAGCUGUGAAAAGUGCGGUGAUAAAUUGUUAAAAAUGCAACGAAAAGCGAGCCCAAUCGUGGUGUGAAUGAACAGUGAAAAGUAAUAAGAGUAGGAAAGAAAUAAUCGACUGUCAGGAUUUGCACAUCGAGUCUCAGUGGCGAAUGAGAGCGAGUCGGCAGCAGCGUCGAGAUGAUAUUGGUGAAAGUUCACGGUGAGGAUACAGCCACGGUUGAAGACGUGCAAUAGUUCUGCACAGCCUCCGGAGCAUGAUAUCGAGAUAACGUUUAGUCCUAAAUACCUAUGAAAACCCCAAGUCGGUGCGAGCACUCGCAUUGAGUCCGUGACGAGUUUUCGUUGACGCUCCUCGCAAUAACCAGUCAUAGAAAUGAGAGUAAAAAUAAUAACGUUAAACUUAUUAUAGGACUGGUAAAGUAUCAUCGCGCCGCGGGGGGAAUGAAGGGAGCAACGAAUAAAUUAAAAGGGAAAUGUUAUACUUCUUCGAAAUAUUGAAAAAACGCGUAAAAACUAAAUUGAGCCGUCGAACUAACGCGAGGAAUAAUUGUCAAUGAAGCCCGAGCACUGACAUCGCUCGUUAAGUGGGAAAAAAAAAAAACGAAAGGAACAUGGUGCUGCAGAUAAAAACAAGGCAAUAAAUCACAUUAGUUGCGGCGAGUUUGGGAAUAAUUGAGAGUGAUGUCUCGCGUUAGGAACGAGGACAGGGCUCUUUUGAGGCUCAUUUGAAUGAGAAUUGAAGAAAAAAAAAGAAAAUCUUUUUAAAUAAAAAAAAAAAAAAAAAAGCAUCGUAUGCAAGAGGUUUUCUCGAUUUGUAUGGAAGUGUCACAUUUGCAAUUGCUCCUUUAUACCAAUGCCGACGAGCUUCUCCUCUCGAUACCAUCGUGGUAGGAAGAAGAAAAAAAACAAGACGCGAAAAAGAAGCGAGCAAUUUACGUGUAUAUACAUAUAAAUAUAUACGGAUAUAUAUGUAUAUACCGGGUCGGGGGAGCAACAGUGAGUGAUUUUACUUCUCUGGUGUCAGUUUGACGCGAGAGGCGAAACUGAGUAGAGCCCCAUUCAGGCCAAUAAUAUUCGAGGAUCUCAAUUCCUCCAAGCUCGUUACUUUUUUUCUCUCUUUUAUUUUCUCUUUCAUUCCAAUCUUUCUUUGGCCAACAUCUCUCCCGCACGAAUUGAAGCUUUGCCGGCGAAAGGUAGUUGAGAAAAAAACCCGAGAGAUUGUAAACCGAGACGGAGAAAAUAAAUAACAACAAUAAUACUGUAAUAUCAGGCCGGUGAAUUCGUUCGAUAAACUGCUCGCCUUCGAAAUUCAUCCUUCGGCCGUUAAACUUGGCCGAUCAGAAGGCGAAACGAAAAGAAAAAAGUAACCUACGAAAUAUCCGAGUUUUCAUGAAGUCUAAUCGAUCAAGAGUGAGUUUAUGAUCGAGAGAAUAAUUAUAGAUCGAAAUCAUAAUAAAGUCGAUCAAAAGGGUUCGUCAUAAUGGCGAAAAAUUCGCGCUCGUCGUUCGUUCUCCUUAUUAUUGGAAAUGCACUUGGCGUAUGCACCGCCUACAACAUACUCUUGGCAACGAUGGGCGGUACGAAAUCUCAUACUGUACCGUUCGUUGCACUUGGAACAGCCUUGAAAUCCAGGGGUCACAAUAUCACGCUGGUUAGCGCCUUUCCAGGACCCGCGGCCAACAACGAACUGCGCGAACUUGUACCAUCGAUCCUCGAGGCGUACGUGGGCAAUUACACGUCCGAGUGGGACUUGGUGGGUUCGAGAUUCCGUAACGAGCUGCCACUUUCGCCCUGGGACGCCAUGAGAUACGGCUGGGAAUCUUGCGAAGCUUUGCUGCGAGACGAAACUUCUGUUUCCGGUAUAAGGAGACCGUUCGGUAAUCCGAGAUCGCGUUGGGACGUUGUGGUUCUCGAUGGUGCUUAUCCCGAAUGUCUUCUUGGGAUUCUGCAUGGUGAGAAUUUACCAACGAUGAUGCUCAACACGGUCGCCCUCUACAGCGGUUCUAUAGCACGCCAAGGAAAUCCUGGGCUCUGGUCGAUCAACCCUUAUUUCGGCAAGGGUCUGACCCAAGACAUGAGCUUUCCCUUGAGAAUACUGAACGCGGCUUGUCUCGCUACACUCGAGGUCAUGCACUGGAUCAUGACAACCGGUUACAUACAGCCCACGCUGAGAAAGUACUUGGGCGACCAAGUUCCCGAUGUGAGGGAUCUUGUUUCGGAAGUACCUUUGACAUUGCAGAACAGUCACUACGCUGUCGCCGAUUCUGUGCCUUAUCUGGCGAACGUCGUGAACGUGGCGUGUCUCCACUGCCGUGAAGCGCUGCAGCUCAGUCCAGAUUUAGAGUCGUUUUUACGUCGAGACUUCGUGUACGUCUCCAUGGGAUCGUCGGUACGCGCUUCGGGUAUGCCCGACGCUCUCAGAGAAAUGUUCGUCGCAGCUUUUUCGACGCUCCCGUAUAACGUCGUGUGGAAAUGGGAGGGUGGAAAAAUCGAGGGUUUGCCCGGAAACGUGAGAACGGCUGCGUGGUGGCCUCAACAAGAGCUGCUCGGACAUGGAAAAAUUCGUGCUUUCGUAUCGCACGGAGGUUUGCUAUCGUUGCACGAAGCGGCGUAUCACGGAACCCCGACUCUGGUGCUUCCGGUUUUCUGUGAUCACGACGGAAAUGCGGCGCAAGCUGAAAAGCUCGGCUAUGCCCUCGUGAUGGAUCUAGCGAGCUUAUCGAUUAAUGGACUCCGAGAAGGCAUUCUGAAGGUCGCUUCGAACCGGGAAAACCCGUACCGAGAUGCAGCCAGACGCAGAAGUAGUUUGCUCAGGGAUCAGCCCAUGGGUCCAAGGGAAUUGGCCGUGUGGUGGGUCGAGCACAUGGCGCAGUAUCGCGGUGCGGACCAUCUGAAAAAUUCAGCGAGGCACAUGGGUGUCCUUCGUUACUAUUCAAUGGACGUUGCGGCUUUCUACGUUUUCGUAAUAACGGCGCUUCUCUUUUUGUUCGGUAAGCGACCGAUACGAUUCACGAUGACGAGGUGUAUUAUGGAAAGGAAAAAAAAGGUGGACUGACAACGCGCGUUGUAUCGGCAGUGUGCUUAUCAAGACCAUCGACGAAUUAUAACAAAAUCAAGUGCGUGAUGACAGAAUCGUCUUACUAUAUAUGCGAUCACCAAACUUCAAUCAGCCUUUAUUUAUUAUCAGUUUAGGUAUUAGGUAGUCUCGACACUCCAGUUUUAUCGUAUAGAUCUUAUAACCCUGAGCGGCAUGUGUACUAUAAAUAAAAGUAUAUUUAAUAUUUUAUGUAAAAAAA